GCUUGUAUUUUGCAGUAAUUUUGCGAUUUCUGCAAGAGUUUAAACAUUUUCGGCAGUCUCAGGAAGCGGAAAUUAUACGCAAAUCAAAUAUAUGCUUAACAUUUGUACCAACUAUAGCAGCUCAAAAUGAGCCCUAAUUACAGGAAACUUAUACAAUUUGCAAUGAAGCUUACAUAACUCGUUCUUCUCGAUAAGUCGUUCUGUGUGUUUGCGGCGGCUUCUCAUCAGUUUAGGCACUUCCUUUUUUCCUUGCCAUCCGAGAAAAAAUGAGGAAGACAUUUAAAUAGUAGAUUAUGAAAGGGCAAUACUAACACUAAUAUCAACGAAUUAAGCGCAAAUUGUGACUGAAGAAGACAAACUAAUAUAAAAACAGGCAAUAAAGCAGUCACAUAUCAGGGGAUAACAAUAUCAGUAUUAGACUCAUCGUACACAUCGGAAGAUAAUAAAUAUUAAUACUAUACAAACUCGAGGAUAGACUACCGUUUUAAUAUUCACAACAGCAAACAACUGCACCCAACAGUUAUAUCCCGCUUUGACUAUAAAAUGACAUCGCUUUUAACUUCUACUAAACAAGAACCUUCAAGUUCAGCGAACCAAAUUCAGUCGGCUUUGAAUCAAGGCAUAGAUAUACACACAGGCACUCAAAAGAAAACAGGCGAGCAUCACCCGUGCUACGGCAGAAAAACACAAUCGGAUCUAUCAGAGCGACAUGCGAUGACCUUGGGGUCCGGCAACCAACUGGAGAUCCCCGGAAACGCUCGUGAUAUUAGACGCCACUCCGCGUCAGAUCUGGGAAAAACGAGCUCAGUCGUGGCACAGGCCAUUCCCGAACAUGACAUAGUCGAGGUUACCGAUCAAAUUCCGAUCGCGGGAACUUACAAUUACAAAGCACCCAGAAAAUCAAGCGCUGGAAUCCCUCAAGCUGGUGAGAGCAGUGAAAGGGAUUCUAAAAUCAAGCCAGCAAUGUCACGUUCGCUUUCGAUGGGUCAAAUGAGGCGCAAGCACAGUACGCUGAAGAACUUGGGACUUUUCAAGUAGUAAUUUAAAACAUUUUCCUGAAUGAAUGAUCGUCAAGUUUGAAUGAAUGAGCGUCAAGAAUGAAUGAUCGUCCUGAAUUCUGAAUAAUGAUCGUCAAGUAUUCCAAUUUAUAAUUUCAUUAAUAAAACUAAUUUGCACAAGAUCUUUCAACCUGGGCGAUUCCUAAGUAAGUACGUUACACGAGCAUAAAAAAACGCCGAUAGAAAUAAUGUUUUCAGAUGCAAGGAAAAUGAAACAGGGGCAACGCGUUGGGAU